CUUCCAAUGUCGCACUUUCCGCAUCGCAGCCCGGCAGCCUGCUCCACCCGGCGACCCAGCACCAGCAUGUGUACCCCAACGCGCACAACAUCAAGCGAAAUACGACACUGCAACAGCAUAUGGAACUGACAGGAUUGAAUUUGACAAAGUUGAAAGAUUUGUGAUGCAUAAAACCGAUACCAUUCCGAAGCCCAAUUUUCAAGCGGCGCAUGACAAAUUUCUACGUUAUCGCAAUCCAGUUUGUCAUGCUGUUUAGCGAAAGAAGGCAUCCUUUGCCAUGCUACUUUAGCACCUCUAUCACAAACCCGAAACAGGUUCACAAUCGGCCUCACUUGCAAUCCCUGCAAGACAGUCACUUCGUGCCUUGCAUUUUGUGCAUCACAGAUUAUUUCAACUUUGUCGAUUUCAAUCCUGACACACCCAUACAGCAGAAGAAGACCAAGAAGGACUGUUUUGAGGAGAACAUGGCGAAACUGUCCAGCGAGAAUCGGCAACUGUUGCGAAAAACGGUCGAAGAUAUCAAGCACCACGCCAAGAAGAUGCGGAAGAUCCGCACUUUUGCGGAGGAGAAGCAACAGCUACAAUUUGAGCAGGAACAGCUUGCUGGUACUGGCGGGUUGGGGAAUAAGCUGA